AUGGGACCAGCACCGGAGUACACCGUCGCUGGGUACGUGAAUGGUACCCACGUCCCGAGCAUCGUUGUUGAUACCGCGUGUGGCCGCACCAUGGUACACAGGACCUUGGUCCGGGACCAAGAUUUGUCUGGUGAGACUACCUCCAUUCGUUGUGCCCACGGUGAUGUGGCCAGUUACCCCAUGGCCGAUCUGACCAUCACCAUCGACGGCAUGGUGUACUAUGUCAAGGCAGCAGUGUCCGAGCACCUGCCCCGUCACGUGUUGCUUGGCCGUGAUGUGCCCCACAUACAUGAGUUGGUCCGGCUGUGUCAGCCAGCCGCCACGGACGUCUUGGUCUCUACGCGUGCACAGGCCAAGGCUUCACCUGAGUCGACUGGUGCUGCUGGUUUGCACGCCAACUUCCCGUUCGAGGAUGAACUGUUUGAGGAGUUGGCCUCGAAUGCAGCUUCUUUGCGUGCACCGCCGGCGGACCUAUCUAGCACACCGGAGGUGACACCGCCACCUAUCUCUGCACCCGAUUUGCCAGAUGCCACCCGUUUCGCCGACGAGCAACGGCGUGACCCAUCUCUUAGCCCAUGUUGGGACUAUGCUACUGGCCGACACAAGACGCCCGUCAAUGGCAGUACCUUCUGUGUUCGCCAGGGCCUCCUCUACCGGGAAUACUCACCGGAUGGUGAAGCGGGGAUGGACACCACCAGCCCCUACUACCGCCUUCAGUUGGUUCUGCCCACGGAACGGAGAUCCACCAUUCUGCACCUCGGCCACACCGUCCCCAUGGCUGGCCACAUGGGACAGGCGAAGACAUCCCAGAGGAUUCUUCUCCGUUUCUGGUGGCCGACGAUUCUUCAAGAUGUCGCACAGUAUUGUUCCGCCUGUGAACCAUGUCAGCGCACCGCCCGUGUUCUGCGUCAUGAUCGGGCACCACUUAUUCCUCUUCCUGUUAUUGGCGAGCCCUUCCGGGUGGUAGCUAUUGACAUUAUCGGCCCAUUGCAGCGUACGCAGUCCGGCAAGAAGUACAUCCUCACCUUGGUGGAUUAUGCAACCCGCUAUCCGGAGGCAGUCGCUCUUUCCAAUAUUGAGUCGACUACCGUGGCUGAUGCGUUGAUCUCCAUCUUUUCCAGAGUAGGACUGCCAGACAAAAUCCUCUCCGACCAAGGCUCCAACUUUACGUCGGACGUCCUCCGACAAGUUGCUGCUUUACUCCGUAUCCAGCUUACCACAUCCACUCCGUACCAUCAACAGACCAAUGGCCUCGUCGAACGGUUCAAUGGUACCCUCAAGGGUAUGCUUCGUCGGUUUGCUGCUGAUGCGCCACGAAGUUGGGACGAGGUGCUCCCAUAUGCUUUAUUUGCGUAUCGAGAGGUGCCUCAAGCCAGCACUGGUUUCUCACCAUUUGAGCUCCUGUACGGCCGCCAUGUCCGCGGCCCGCUGGAUCUCGUGCGCGAUGCUUGGGCUCAGCCAACGGAGGAGCUCCGGACCACUACUGCCCAGUUCGUCCUCACCAUGCGGGACCGGCUUGAACGCAUAUCGACUGAGGCUGGCUCCCACCUUGCCACCGCGCAGCAACGGCAGAAGGCCUACUAUGACCGCCUGAGUCGGGAACGCACAUUUGCUCCGGGAGACGAGGUACUGCUCUUGCUUCCGGCUUCGGCUCGCAAAAUGGAAGCCGUGUGGCAAGGCCCUUACCCUAUUCGGCGUAAGGUCGACGAGGUCAAUUAUGAGAUUGACAUGGGACCCCACCGCACGAAGCGAUAUCGGGUUUUCCACAUCAACCUCCUGCGGCGGUUUCGCCGGCCCCAGCUCGCGGCCUUCACCAUUCCUAUGGCGGAGGACGACCCAGACACGGAGCUGCUGCUUGACGACUGCUCCCCUCUACACGUUGAUGGUGGCCGUCCUACCAUUAACCCCGACCUUUCGCCGGACCAGCGGCAACAGCUCGACAUGCUGCUAUCGGAGUUUGAGGAUACCCUCUCACCCCAGCCUGGCCGGACGACCGUGGUGGCUCACUCCAUCCACACUGGCGACGCCACACCCAUUCGUUCCCGGCCAUAUCGUCUUGCCGCUGCGCACCAUUCUGUUGUCCGCGAUGCCGUCGACGAAAUGCUGGACAUGGGCGUCAUACGCGCAUCCCGCAGUCCGUGGUCUUCACCCGUUGUGCUUGUGCCGAAGAAGGACGACUCGAUCCGCUUCUGUGUCGACUACCGUGCCCUUAAUCAGGUGGCCCAGUUCGACUGUUACCCGAUGCCGCGGGUGGACGAGAUCCUCGACUCUGUCGGGUCUGCCCAGUUUCUCUCCACCCUUGACCUGUCCAGGGGGUAUUGGCAGAUCCCUCUGGCAGAGGAUGCGUGUGCCAAGACGGCCUUCACCACACCGUUUGGCCUGUACGAGUUCACUAUGAUGCCAUUCGGGCUCCAUGGAGCGCCUGCAACAUUUCAGCGUUGCAUGGAUACCGUCUUGGCUGGUCUCCCGUUUGUCCUGGCGUAUUUGGACGAUGUCGUCAUCUUCAGUCCGACUUUUGAGGACCAUCUUGUCCAGCUCCGCCACGUUCUUGGUCGCCUUCACGACGCUGGGCUCACUGUGAAGCCGAAGAAGUGUUUAUUGGGUAUGGUCGAAACUCCCUUCCUUGGCCAUGUGAUUGGUCAUGGUCGGGUGCGUGCGGACCCUGGCAAGUUGCAAGCCAUCGACGAUUGGCGACAGCCCACGACCAAGAAGGCCCUGCGUUCCUUCCUGGGGUUGUGCGGCUACUAUCGUCGCCUCAUUCCUCACUUUUCAACCAUCGCGGAGCCCUUGGUAGCCAUGACGUCGAAGGGCCACCCCAACACCCUCCACUGGACGACCUCAGCUGCACAGGCCUUCGUUCAAUUGAAAGGCCUCCUUGUCUCCGACCCGGUCAUUGUUGCGCCGAACUUUGCUGCGGAGUUCUACCUGCACACGGACGCGUCCGAUGUUGGUUUGGGCGCUGUCCUGACCCAGCGUAAUGCCCAGGGCACCGAACACCCCGUAGCAUAUGCCAGUCGCAAGCUCCUCGACCGUGAACGCCGUUAUGCCACCAUCGAGAAGGAGUGUCUCGCCCUCAAGUGGGCCAUUCUCAAAUUCGCUCCGUAUCUCCUCGGCAGACGCUUCACCUUGAUUACCGACCACCGCCCUCUUCAAUGGAUCGCUCAGCAUCAUAGUGGCAAUGCUCGGGUGGCCCGAUGGGCCAUUGCUCUGCAGCCGUUCGCUUUCACCGUUGUGCACCGGCCUGGCGCUCUCAAUGGCAACGCCGAUGCAUUGUCCCGCCAGAUGUGA